GAUCCCCCGAAGUCGAAACCAAGGGCGGCGAGAGAGAGAACUCGGAGGGAGAAAAGACGGCAAGGAGCGGUCCAUCGGCACUCUGUCCUCCGCCACCCUGAAUUUUGAGAAUGAGCUGAGGAAGUAGCAGGAAGGGGCCAUGUCAGCCUUCUAUUCACAAUGAAUCAGGAUGGAGACACGUGUGACAAAGCAGUAACUCAGCAGAAUCCUUAAUCACCAGACCAGCAAGAGAAGCUGCAGAAUACACUGCAAGAAAGCAAACCAACUUCUUACUAAUUGGUUUGAUCUGGAGGAAAAAUACAUCAAUUCAAUAUGCAGGAAGUGAUUGGUUUCUGCAGAACUGUAUCUCCAGGAGUGAAUCAUUUUAAAUGUAGGUGUUUUAGUUUUUAGACGUCGCUCAAAUAAACUUUCUGAUGAAUCAACCUCACGGCCCACAGAGGUGACAGAGAAAUAAAGAAGGGAAAGAGAAAACAAACCCUUGGAAUAUAAACUUUGUGGCACUUUUGAACUGAACUUUUGGAAUAUACUGUUUCUGAACUGGGUGACUUUGGUGAUUUAUUAAUGUAAAAGGUUUUCAUUGAUGUUCUGAUACUCAUUGCUGGGAAUAAUACAUGAAGGAGAGCUAUGGACUACUUUGUUUCUUAUUCUGAGAAGCAGUGCUUUUCAGAAUUAUUUGACUCUUCUGAUGGGGAGGAGAUGGAAGAGGAAAGGAUGGAGAGAUAUGCAGCAGAUUUAGAGAUGAAUCCUUUUGAUGGAUUGCCGUUCUCUUCCCGUUACUACAAACUUCUCAAAGAAAGAGAGGAACUUCCAGUCUGGCAAGUGAAAUAUGCUUUCAUGGAAAGUCUGCAUCAUCAUCAGAUUGUGAUUGUUUCAGGAGAUGCCAAAACUGGUAAGAGCUCCCAGGUGCCCCAGUGGUGUGCUGAAUAUUCUCUUUCCACUCAUUUUCAACACGGAACGAUUGUGUGCACACAGACACAUAAACACACAGCAGUAUGGCUGGCAUUGCAAGUAGCUGAUGAGAUGGACGUCAAUAUUGGUCAUGAAGUGGGUUAUGUGGUCCCAUGUGAGAGCUGCUGUAAUAGUGAAACGAUCCUGAGAUACAGUACAGAUGACAUGCUACAAAGAGAAAUGAUGUCCAAUCCCUUUCUGAGCAAUUAUGGAAUCAUCAUUUUGGAUGAUGUGCAUGAAAGAACUCUCCCAACAGAUGUAUUGCUUGGACUCCUUAAAGAUGUAAUGAUAUUAAGACCCGAGCUGAAGCUAAUUGUAAUUACAUCUACUCAGAUGUGCACCAAACUACAGACAUAUUAUGGCAGCACGUCUCUCAUAAGAGUGAAAAGCAGAUACCAGGUGGAGGUUGUGUAUACCUGUUGCAUUCAGAAAGAUAAUUUCUCUUCUGCUUUAAGACUGCUUUUUGAGAUUCAUAACUCUAAAGAGAAAGGUGAUAUUGUGAUCUUUCUGGCCUGUGAACAAGAAAUUGGAAAAGCCUACAAGAUUAUUCAACAAGAAGGGCCUAAUUUAAAUCCUGAACUUGGUGAAUUGGUCCCUGUUCUUCUCUAUCCCAGUGAAAGAGAGAGAAUCCUCAAGCCAAAUGAAGAAGGGCCUUGCAAAAAUUACAGGAGAAGAGUGUUGCUAACUACAAGCUUUGGGGGAUCUUUGGUUUGGAUUAAAACUGUGGCCUUUGUUAUAGAUGUUGGGAUAGAGAAAAGAAAGGUAUACAGUCCUCGAAUCAGAACAGAUGCUGUUGUGAUACAGCCCAUUAGCAAAAGCCAAGCUGAGAUGCGUAGGCAAAUUCUGGGCAUGUCUUCAGGUAAAUGUUUCUGCCUGUACCCUGAAGAAUUUACAGAUAAUGAAGUGAAGCUGCUACCACCGGCCAAAAUUCAGGAAUCCAACUUGACCAGCAUGGUUCUUUUUCUGAAAAGAAUGGAUAUUGCAGGCCUAGGCCACUGUGAUUUCAUAGAUAGGCCAGCUCCUGAAAGUCUCAUGCAAGCUCUGGAAGAUCUAGAUUAUUUGGCUGCCCUGGACAAUGAUGGAAACCUUUCAGAAUUUGGAAUAAUAAUGUCAGAGUUUCCUGUCGAUCCACAGCUGUCAAAGGCUAUUUUAGCUUCGUGUGAAUUUGACUGUGUGGAAGAAAUGCUCACCAUUGCUGCCAUGGUAACAGCUCCUAGUUGCUUUUUAAACCCACCACAGGGAACAGAAAAGAUUGCAGUCGCUUGCUGGCAAAAAUUCUUGCAUCCUGCUGGAGAUCAUUUUACCCUUAUCAAUGUCUACAGGGCUUACAAGGAAGCUAGGACAAGCUCCACAGGCCUGUACCGUAGUACUGAAAAGUGGUGUCAAGAGUAUUUUCUGAACUGCUCUGCACUAAGAAUGGCGGAAGCUAUCAGAGCUGAAUUGGAUGACAUUAUGAAACGAAUUGAACUCCCAAUUUCAGCACCUGCUUUUGGAUUGAAAGAAAAUGUACUGAGGAUAAAAAAAGCACUCUUGUCUGGUUACUUUAUGCAAAUAGCUCGUGAUGUUGAUGGUGCUGGAAACUAUUUAAUGUUGUCACACAGGCAAGUAGCCCAGCUUCACCCUCUGUCAAUAUACUACAACACUGCAAGGAUCCCAGAGUGGGUUGUGUUCCAUGAAUUCAGUAUUGCUGAAAACAACUCUCUAAAAAUCAUCUCAGCGAUAUCACCUGAUCUGUAAGUAAGAGGAAGUUGGAAUUUAGGUUUUCAUUCAUGUUUGUAGCAUACAACUUCCAUUUAAGAGCACAACCCAACAUUACACAGCUUGCUUCCUGGGAAAAUUGGAGAGACAGGAGGGGUGGGUGAUCUCUGCCUUUAGCUUCCAGCAGUAAGAUACAUUUGUGUGUGUGUUUUUAAGCUGGCACCCCACCACCCACAUCGAUACUGUCAGUGUUGAAAGGUCUCCUAGCACUUUUCUUAUUUUAAGCAGGUUAUGACCACAGGGAACUGCCUUAUAUUGAGUCACACUAUUAGUCCAUCUAGCUCAGUGUUGUCAGUGCAGACUGUGUUUCAUACAAGUGUCUUUCUUAGUCCUACCAGGAGAUGCCCUGUAUUUCAUGUGGGAUUUUCUGCAUACAAAGUGUGUGCUCUAACAUUUAUGCAGAGUUUGGAUAUUUGGUAGCUACCUGUUCCAUAAUUUUGAUUUGGUGGAAAUAGUAUGACUCGUGCUGAAAGUUAUUUUAUGGGAGGUAUUUCAAAUAUCAUUAGGAUACUUUCACUGAAUUAUAGAAAUCCAACUGACAAUCUCAUGGAAGUGUACAAUAGUUCUAUCAGCAUUCUGAAAGUGUAUUAAGGGAGGCAAGGAAGUGAAAUGUUUUAAAGUUUUUAAAUCUCACCAUUUCACAAUUAAUUUUAUCUGCAGGGCUAGCAUGAUCCUAUUAUCCAAAUAAAUGCAGAAUCAAUGCAGAAUGGAUUUACUCAUUUUGGGCCCAUCAGCCCAAGCUAUGCUCCUAGUCUCCCAUUCAAGCAAAAUCCCAGUAAUGAAGUACUACCUGACAAGCUCUACAUUAGUUGUCCAGAAAUAGCCAUUGAGCAAAUCAUUUUAACUUCACUGUUUGCUUGGUGGCAUAGAUAAAUAACUUUUUUU